CGUCUCUCGGCCGGGUGGAUACCCUCUCGGCCUCUUGAUUUUGUGUGAAGCUUGUGCUUCAUAAUUGAAGUCAAUAAAAGGAAAGCAAUUAGAAUCAUGCAACUGUAUCAUCACCCAUAUUCAUUGGACAGCCAAAAGGUAAGGCUGGCUUUGGAAGAGAAGGGCAUUGAUUACACAUCCUUCCAUAUGAAUCCGAUAACAGGCAAAAAUUUGAGGCCUUCCUUCUUGAGAAUGAACCCGAUUUGCAAAACUCCCGUUUUCCAGAAUGGUUCGCAUGUCAUCUUUGAUACUAUUGAAAUCAUUCAGUAUAUAGAGAGAAUUGCAGUUGUCUCUGUUAAUAAUGAUAGCAUCGCCUUCAGCAGUGAUGAGGUCAUUCAAUGGAUGCAUAAAAUACAGGAGUGGAAUCCAAAGUUUUUCACAUUAUCCCACGUCCCCGAGAAGUAUCGGCAAGCGGUGUCCAAGUUUUUUAGGAGAGUCUUGAUUGCUCGGAUGGCCGAGUCACCCGACCUCGCAAGUUCCUACCACCGCAAGCUAAAAGAGGCAUAUCACACCGAAGAGAAGCCGAGAGACCCAGAGGUUGUAAGGCGGAGCAAGGAACAUCAUCGACUUCUCGAUGAAAUUGAGGACAGUUUGAGCAAGACUUAUAUUGCGGAAGAGUUCAGCAUGGCAGACGUAAUGUUCAUUCCGGUGCUAGCUCGUUUGGCACUCUUGAAUUUGGAAGACGAGUAUAUAUAAAACAGCAGGCCAAACAUGGCCAAAUACUGGAGUUUGGUUCAGCAAAGGCCUUCCUACAAAAUGAUAGGAAGAUACUUUGGCGGCUGGAGGAAGUACGGGACCCUAGCUAAAACUUGGUGCUUCAUUCGGUGA